AUUCGACUACUUCUCUCGGGAUCUCGCCGCUGGGUGUUUGCUUGGUGCCGCUUACUUCGCUGCUACGACCGUGGCCGGUUGGCAAUUGGGAUUCCCUUCAACUCGCUCGUUGUUGCUGCUCUCCUUCUCUUUCUCUCCUGACAACACCCGGCCCUUUGUUUAUAACUCCUCACUCCUUGAGGGAUCAACACUCCAACGGACUCUCACGACUAUUGCUCGAUUAUCUGAUACUGGACGAGUCUUCUCUUUUUGUCAUUGUGUGAAUAUUCUAAAACAGAACAUAUACUCACCGCCAACAUGGAGAACUACCACCGAAUUGAGAAGAUCGGAGAGGGGACUUACGGUGUCGUCUACAAAGCCCGCGAACUCACCCACCCCGGCCGUAUUGUUGCCCUGAAGAAGAUUCGUCUGGAAGCGGAAGAUGAAGGUGUUCCUAGCACAGCCAUUCGUGAGAUUUCUUUGCUCAAGGAGAUGCACGACCCCAACAUCGUCAGCCUUCUCAAUAUUGUGCACGCCGAUGGCCACAAGCUUUAUCUCGUUUUCGAAUUCCUGGAUCUCGACCUCAAGAAGUACAUGGAGGCUCUCCCCGUGAGCGAAGGUGGACGCGGAAAGGCCCUUCCAGACGGUACUACGAUGAGGAAAGACAUGGGCUUGGGAGAUGCCAUGGUCAAGAAGUUUAUGGCCCAGCUCGUGGAAGGAAUCCGAUACUGCCACAGCCACCGUAUCCUGCAUCGGGAUCUCAAACCGCAGAACCUGCUUAUCGACCGCGAUGGUAACCUGAAAUUGGCCGAUUUUGGAUUGGCGAGAGCUUUUGGUGUCCCGCUAAGAACUUACACUCACGAAGUCGUGACAUUGUGGUAUCGUGCUCCUGAGAUUCUUCUGGGUGGUCGGCAAUAUUCCACCGGUGUCGACAUGUGGUCUGCUGGUGCAAUCUUUGCAGAGAUGUGCACACGUAGACCGCUCUUCCCCGGUGAUUCCGAGAUUGACGAGAUUUUCAAGAUUUUCCGGCUUCUUGGUACUCCAGACGAGAACAUUUGGCCUGGCAUCUCAUCUUUUCCCGACUACAAACCUACGUUCCCCAAGUGGAAGCGUCAAGAUAUGGCUAAUGUCGUUCCUGGAUUGGAAGACGCCGGCCUCGAUCUCAUAGAAGGGCUACUCGAGUAUGACCCAGUACGCCGGCUUUCCGCGAAACAGGCCUGCUUGCACCCAUACUUCCAACACGGCAGCUCUUACUAUUCUGGUCGCAACCGGACAAAAGGAUACCACUAGUGGACUGACGAAUUUAUCUCCACCUUUGUGUGAUUCUAUCAUACGUGGAUAGCCGGCAAGGGACCUCGACAUAGAAAGGGACGUCCACUACUGCGGACAAUGAUACAGUCCUUUAUUGGCCACCCUGUAUCCCUUUAUUGUCCGUUUUUAUGUCUCUGCGCUUGAAUGCGUUCUUUUCCCCCUUUCUUCUUCUUUUUUUUUUUUUUUUUUUUUUUUUUUUUUUU